AAUAAUCCACAUGUUAUUUCCCCGCGGCAAAAACUCGAAAUGAAACGGUGGAAUAUCGCAUUGGAUUUUUCUCGCUUCAUAGCAGACUUGUUCGCAUUUGGCCUCAUCCAACUACCGAUCAUGCACGAUUGUCUGGGGAUUCUACUACACGAAAUGGUUAGCGUGGAACAUGUACGCGUCGUCCAAUCCAUGAUCAAACGAGCCGGACCGAAGUUGUGGCAAACAGCCGAUGGUCAUGAACGCCGCCAGGAAUUCACCCGUCGUUUCAUGGAGCGCACCGCACUGGUUCCGGAUAAUGCAAGCCUGAUUGGACGAGAAGACAGUGUCCGUAGGGUGAUAAAUGUGUGUGCGAUAUUGCUGGAUAGCUUUAUAGAAUGAAAACUUAUCAUUGUUCAUUGCACAGGCUGAUAAUAUCAUCUCGCUGAU